GAAUAACCCAAUGGAUGUGAUAACAACACCAGUUAAUUAUGGUGGCAGGACUCAUCAGCAAAAUUUGGAAAAAAAUAAGAAACACUAUACAAAUGGAGAAAAUAUGAUAAAAUUUGGAAAAAUCCUUGAAUGUCUUGUGGAAAAUGAUGGAAAACCGCCAGACAAUGACAGAAUAUAUUUCUCUGAACAUGGAGAUAAUAAACAGCAAAUGAAUAUUGUAGUGUUCCGUCCAACACAACUCCAGCAUGAAAAAAUUCACGAAUUACGAUUUUUUGAAAAAGAGAAAAGUGAAACACUCACACAAGAUGAGCUAACAGAUUAUAUAGGAAAAAGAUUAACUAAAGAAACCAGUGAUGAAAGCCUAAUAGCUGUAUUAGAUAUGAUAAGAGUGACUUCAAAUCCGCAGGAAGUCUUGAAAAUUUUGAACAAAUGUUCUACAUCUUCAAAAGUUUCUAUUCAAAAGAGAAAAUUGGCAGUAUUUCAAAAAACGCUCAGAAAUAAUGAAGGUUAUCUAAAAAAAUCAACUGUAAUACACUUUCAAAUUGAUAUAGAAUCUGAUGACACUGUUAAGUCCAAAAUUCAGAAAGCCAUCAAAAAUAUUGAAGGUCUGAGAAAGACUGAGUAUUCUCAAAGUGAUAGUGAUAAAGAAGAAAAUCAAAUAUUUGAUCAGUUUAUUGGAGAAAAAGCUGACAAAACAAAAGAUGAAGAUGAAAGAGAUUUCUUGAAAAAGCCAUUGACUGAUGAACUUAAAUCUGAGAGUAUAAAAACACUGAAAGAAAGAUUAAGGAAAUUUAUAAAAGAUGACGAACAUUGGCCAAUGAACUCUAUACAGAAAGUACCUCUAAGUUCAGUUCCCCCUCUGUGUAGAUCACCUAUUUUUUUAUUAACUGAAAGCAAGAGACAUAUGAUGGAAGAACAUGGUCUUCACUUUUCAAAUGAGGAGGUGAUGUUGCCAUUUCUUACUAUAGCUCUAAAUGAAGCUCUGGAAAAGAAAAUUCAUCUACGACCAAAAGUAAUACCAAAGCGGGUCAUGAUGCCAGAAGACGUAAUAUUUGAACAUUUAUCAUUGUUUAAACAUUCUGGAAUACCCCUGACAAUUAUGACAUACCAUUUCUUUCAAGAAGUGAAUGGGAUGAUGGAAAACCACUUCAAUCGGCUGGCUUCAUUUAAGGACUGGCCACUGAGUGCUCCAGUGUCUGCACUACGGUUAGUGGACUCUGGCUUUUACUUCGAUGUUCAGAAAUCUUCAGUGGCAUGCUAUGCCUGUAAACUUCACAUUGAAACUAGAGAAUUAAGUUCUCUCUUGGAAGGUGAUACUGUUCUGAAUAUGCAUUUGAGAUUGUCAGAAAAUUGUUUUCAUGCUCUUCAACAGAAGAAAGAUAAGGAAGGUAUAGGAAAUUUUGUUUUACCAUUUCAUAAGCCAAAAAGUGAAAUGAACACUGGUAUCUUCAGUUCCAGUAUUCAUGGUGGUCUACAGAUAGAGAAUAGCAACCCAGUCCCUGAAAUGAAAAAUUUAGGAAUAAGUGAGAAAAAUGGUUCAAAUACCCACAAUAUUUUUCAACCAUACAUUGGGGCAACUAGUGAAAAUAUCAAUGUACAACAGCAAGACAAAAUAUCUAACAUAACACGGGAUUUCUUUUUCAAUAAAAAUGAAGAAACUUAUCCUAAAUAUGACAGUGGAUACAAUUCACAGAAGGGUAUCUCUCAUCCAACAGAGAAUGUGUCAGAUGCAAGAGGACUUCCAAUUCAGACAGCGAGCACAGAUUCCUUAAGCUACAUGGCCAUGCUCAGUGAAGAUCACCUUCAACCACAUUCACUAUUUGGAGAAGACACCAUUGCUGCCACUGCAGAGUCAUUAGAGAUGGAAACCACCCCAUCACCAGGAAUACCAAUCCAUGACUCAAAUGAAAUAAAGAAAUCUUCAACAAAUGCAUCCUUAUUUGAUACCAUAGCCACAGAAGAAGAACCAUCUUACUCCAUGAGGCAUCCAGAUUACAAAACUGUAGAAUCCAGAUUGAGAACCUUUGUCUUCUGGCCCUUCAAUGAUAAACAGAAUAAAGUAUUGUUGGUGCAGUGUGGGUUUUUCUUCACUGGUCAGCAGGACAUUGUAAGGUGCUUUGCCUGUGAUAUUGGUCUGGCUGAGUGGGACGAAACAGAUGACCCGUGGUCAGAGCAUGCCAGGCACUCACCGCACUGUAAAUAUCUCAAAAAAAUGAAAGGACAGGACUUCAUUAAUCGUGUACAGCAAGAAUGGAGAAAAAUAUAUAAUCCUAAAACUCCUCAAAUGCAAGAUUUCAACAGACGAUUAGAAUCGUUCCAAACAGACAAAUGGCCAUCCUCCAUCACCCAGACUCCAAAACAAAUCGCUGAAGCUGGAUUUUACUUCACAGGUGAGGAGGAUGCAGUCCGAUGUCAUUAUUGUGAUGGGGGAUUACGGGAGUGGGAACCAGGUGAUGACCCUUGGACUGAGCAUGCUCGAUGGUUUCCAUUCUGUAAGUUUGUUAUGAAGAUCAAAGGGAUACAAUUCAUUGAUGAAAUUCAACAGAAAUAUGAGAUGGGAGCAGGCAAUUUGGAUUCCUUGCCUCAGUCAGGAUGUAACACUGCUGGUCCUGGAAAGCCCAGUGAAGAGGACAACAACCCUAUUUGCUCACAAGCUGCCAGGAGUCUUAUCAGCAUGGGGUAUUCUAAGGUCAAAGUUCAACAUGUCAUUGACAGAUUCGUUGCAGAAAAAGGACACAAUGACUAUACUACCAGCAAUCUUUUGGACUUAUUGUUGGAAAUGGAGGAUAAAGGGGAAACAUUUCCUCCUGAAGCGACGGUCCAACCACAGUCCAAGCCUACCUCUCAAGGCCCAGGGAACAUAGCAUCAUUUACAGAAACCUCAGAAAGUGAACAAGAAUUAGACCCAGAAAUCAUUGAAGAAGAAAACCAGAGACUGAAGAAACAGUUACUGUGUGUUAAAUGUGAGAAGUCAGAGAGGGUCAUUGUGUUCACGCCCUGUGGCCACAGGCUAGUCUGUAAACCCUGCUCUGAACCAAUGAAGAAAUGCAUCAAAUGCAAGAAAAAGAUACAAAAGAAAGUCAAAACAUUCCUAUGCUAACCAGAAUUUAGGCCAUUCCAUGUAGAAAUAUCC